AUGAAGCUCAUGGAGAAAUAUGACAUACGGAAAAACUUCGCUUGCUUUGGAGGAGCCUUUGCCCGUUUUGCAAACGAAACAUACACAUUUACACAUAGACAUUUUAGACCAAACUUAGGAAUUCACAUGAACAUGUACCUAUUCAAUGAUGGUAUAUUCAUUGGGAAUCAUAUAAAGAUAAUAAAAUUUUCAAGAUGGCAUAUCCUCAUAUACUUGUCAAAUAAUAAGUUAUAUGUUUAUAAACAUAGUAGACACAUAUGGCAUCUGGAACAUUUCAAUGAAUGGAAAUACAUACGCAUUCCCACAAAAAAUGAAAUAAAAGAUAUACAAAUAGUUUCAUGUAAUUAUAAAGGGGAUCUCUACUUUGAUCACCCAAAUGGUCCUCAGUAUUCAUUAACGGAUGAAUAUCAACCCAAUGGAUUUACACAUGAACAUGAGACUAUUGAUCCUAUCCACUUUUUUGGAAUUGGUUUAAUUGACAGUAAAGAUAAUUUAUAUGUAGGCUUAAAUACAAAUGUUAAUUCCAAAAAAGUAAGUAUCAGACAAAUUAAAAUGGUUACCCCUCAGUCUUUCAUAAAGCACAAUUUAAAUAUCAGCACCAUAUUGGUUAGCUUACCAGAGCUAACAGAACGAGACCUCAGAUGUUGCAAAGUGCAAAUGAAGUAUGCUUCUAUAUUUCAGCUUUCUUAUACGUAUGUUUCUGGUACAUCUACCAAGGCGGGGGGGAAGUUACACACAGGGAUAGAUGGAAGUAGCAAAGCUGCUAACAAAUUCGAGGACGCUAACAAAUACGAGGCUGCUAACAAAUUCGAGGACGCUAACAAAUACGAAGCUACUAACAAAUACGAAGCUACUAACAAAUACGAGGCCAAUGUGUGUGAUGAAAAUCAGAAGAUAGCUCAGAGAGAGAAAAAGAAAGAGAAAAACUCUAAGGAUGUUAAUUGCAAAUCAGUUCAUGAUCAUAUUGACAGAAAGGAACCUAAUUCUUACGCAUUGGGAGAUUCUAAAGAAUUAUUUGGUCUUAGUGAAGAUGCAUUGGGUAUGGAGAACAAGGCACAUGAGGUAAAAUUGAAUCCGAAGAGAAAAAGGAGAGGGGCAUGGAGGAGUUUGAAAAAAGGGAAAAAUUCACAAAAUGGAAAGAACGAGACACGUGCAUCUGAAAAAAAUACAAUUUUCGACGAAAGUAAACACAAUGAGGUUCUAGAUUUGGAAGAACCUGGAUGCAUAUACGACUCUCACGAUUGCAGUGCAAUGGAAGAAAUAAAUAAAGAAAAAGAUGAUUGUAAUAAUUCAAAAGAGGAAGAAGACACGAAGAAAAAAAGGCUCUUCAGCAGUGUCGUCGCAGAACAUGGGAUGAAUGACAAGGUAGUAAAACACAACAAUCACAAUCCUCUUGGUUCCUCCAGAAUGAUGAAAACAGCUAAUAUGGAUAAUAAAGAUAAAUCUACAAAUCAAGUUAAGAAUGAGGAUGAUAGAAAAGGAAAGAUAUAUAAAUCAGAUCAGCACGUAAACGAACGAAUAGUGGAGAAAACAGAUUACUUCAUAUUCAUAAAAAUUUCAGAUGAUAUUAAAUUUAAAAAAAGGCUAAUAAAUUCCAAACCGAAGAUAUUGUUAACAGGUACUUCGUGUAAUCAUGGUUGUGUUUUAUUUGAAAAUAAACAAAUAUAUUUCUGGAUAUAUCCAAAUGGAGAAGAACCCUCUUGCCACGUUUGUCCUCAUAGCAGUGAUGAGCACAUUAAUACGAAUGAUGAGGAAAGCAACCUGGGCAGCAACUCGGGCAGCAACAGAGAAAACAGCCGAGACAGAAAUUUGGAUUUUCAGAGUGAUAUGCACACCGAUAAGGACCCAUCUGUGGAAAGACAAAAAAAUAGGAUAAUUUUCAAAAAAUUGGAGUACCCAAAAAUUGGAAUAGUUGAUGUUGUAUAUUGUAACAAUACGUACAUUAUGUUGUCCGAAGAUAACAAUUUGUAUAUUUUAAAAUGUCCAUAUUUGCACACUCUAAGAGCAGUAAAUUUUUUCUUUUAUCUGAAAAAUUACAUGUCGAAACAGUUAAAUUACAAACCCAAUAGUACUAUUCUAACCAUUGAUAAAAUUAAGAGCUCUAGUCUAGUUAAAAUGUACCUUACUGAUUACAUAUUGGUUACUAUUCACAACACCAAGGAAAUUUGUUUUACUCCAGUUUUGUUUCACAAUAUUUAUAAGUAUAUGGAUUCGAAGUAUAUCGAUGUCCUUUCGACAAAAUACGAGAAGCAGGUAACAAAAUUGAUUAAGGACCUAGGAGACUUCAGCAUACGUGGACUCGAAAAUAUUUUUUCAGAGGAAGAGAAAUCCAUGUAUCCAAAUUUAAUAAAGUGUAAAAUGAUUCGAAUUUGCGCCCAAAAGAAAAAUUACUUUACAAUAUAUGUAACCCCUAACUCACUAAUUGUUUGUAUUUAUAACAUAUUUGAAUAUUAUGAAAUAUUGGAUACAUCAAUAUCUAAUUUUUUAAGUCAGUAUUACAUUGUAUAA